AUGACGCAGUUUCAGAAGAAGGUCUUGGACAAGAUCCUGCGACCGUCGACUAUCACUGCAGACCACGGUGCUGUGGCAGCCGCAGUGGGAGCUGAGGCAGUGGAUACUGCGGCUAACGACGGUGAUGGUGCAGCAGCGAGAGCAGCCGCUGGGGAACACGAACAGGCGGUGGGUGGCGGAGAGGCUGCUGCCAUGGGCACGCAUGCCGUGGAUGGUGGCACGGGUGGCGGCCGCACAGCAGGCGUCGCAGCAGCAGCAACCGCAGGGGGGGACACCGGCACGGGUCCCAGGCAGGGCGAGGCGGGCGUUGCCCAGGACGAGGAUACCACCAACUACGAUGCGUUCAAGGAGUGGGUCGGCGAGGUGCCAAGAGCGGCUAAGGGCGCAGCUGGCAAGCGCAGGCGGGGUGGCGGUGAUGACGACGACCUGGGUGCGAGGUCGGGGUGCAAGGUUGGAAAUAAACGGCAGAAGGGGAACAAGGGCGCAGGCCGGGGCAGGGGUGCAAGCAAGGGGACCACCAGAG